AAUUUUUGAACGCUCGCUUGAUGCUCUGAUUAACCUGAUAAACAUUUGUGAUUGUACAAUAUUAUAUAUAAUAAAGACUUAAUAAAAUAAUUUGAAACGAUAAAAUCAUAAGAAAAAGUCUAAUAAUAAAUGUGUUAGAUCCCUUUUUUAAAAAGUCUAAUAGUAAAUGUGUUAGAGCACUUUAAAAAAUGACAUAAUUAAUUGCUCUUGUAUUUUACUUCUGUUUAUAUAAUUAAAAUGAUCACUGUAAUUGGAAGACUUGGAAUGAAUUAAUUUCCAAUACAUGUAAAGAGAAAUUGCUAAUUAAUUUUUAAUAUAGUAUACAUUUUUAUAUCACUAUUUAUAUUAGAACGUUGUACAAUAUUACUUUGCAUUAUGACAUUUGUUGAGUACAUACAAACUUUAGCUGAUAAUCCUUAUUUUGGUGCUGGUUUUGGUCUUUUUGGAAUUGGGGCUGGAGCUGCUUUAUUGAGAAAAGGAGCGCAAGUUGGAGCUGUAAUAUUUAGACGGCAUUAUAUGAUCACUUUGGAAGUGCCAUGUCGCGAUAAAAGUUAUCAGUGGAUUCUCCAAUGGAUCACGCAUAAGGGUGCACAAAAGACACAACAUCUCUCUGUGGAAACUAGCUUCGAACAGAAAGAAACUGGUCAUGUGAAAACCAAAUAUGACUUUAUUCCAAGUAUUGGUACUCAUUUCUUCAGAUAUAAGGGGAACUGGAUAAAGGUUGAAAGAACAAGAGAGCAACAGACUUUAGAUCUACACAUGGGUGUACCAUGGGAAACUGUACAAUUGACAGCAUUCGGCAGAGACAAAAGCAUAUAUUUUAACAUUCUUGAAGAAGCCAGACAGAUGGCUUUGAAAGAGCAUGAGGGAAAGACUAUAAUGUACACUGCCAUGGGAAGCGAGUGGCGACAGUUUGGACAUGCCAGGAAGAAGAGACCAUUAGAAUCUGUCGUUUUGGAUACCGGCAUUUCCGAGAGAAUAAUAAAUGAUUGUCGGGAAUUCAUCGAUAAACCGUCAUGGUACAGUGAAAGAGGAAUUCCGUAUCGCCGAGGCUAUUUAUUAUAUGGACCUCCGGGAUGCGGAAAGUCUUCAUAUAUUACCGCGUUGGCUGGGGAAUUGGAGCGCGGUAUUUGCGUUUUAAAUUUAUCCGAGAGAGGUCUAACAGAUGACAGAUUGAAUCAUUUAUUAGCGGUGGCUCCACAGCAGACUAUUAUUCUGCUCGAGGAUAUUGAUGCCGCUUUUAGUAGUAGAGAAGAAUCUAAAGAAGUUAAAGCAGCAUAUGAUGGUCUCAAUAGAGUAACAUUUAGCGGUUUAUUGAACUGCUUAGAUGGGGUAGCCUCCACAGAAGCUAGGAUAUUAUUUAUGACAACUAAUUAUUUAGACAGAUUAGAUCCUGCACUUGUUAGACCAGGCAGAGUCGACGUCAAAGAAUACAUUGGUUGGUGUAGCGCAAGUCAAAUCGAACAAAUGUUUUUACGAUUUUACAAGGAACCAGGUAAAGAUCCUAGUGUACUUGCAAAGAAAUUUGCAGAGAACAUUAUGUCCUGUAAAAGAAAUGUUAGUCCAGCGCAGAUUCAAGGAUACUUUAUGUUCCAUAAAAAUAAUCCCGAGGCGGUCAUAAAUAACGUUAUACAAAUUUGGGAACUUACAUGAUGAAAGAUGAAACUGUAGCUAUAGUUCGAAGUAAAGAUAUAAAACGUGUGAAGAUCUUAAUGAAAACGUUGAAAAUAUUUCUAUUAAUUUUGUAAUACAUCAUGUUUUAAAAAAUUAAAGGAAUGUUAUAUGUAUAUCACGCGUCGUGAAAACGCGGUACAUUUACUUAUAAAAU